GCAUAUCACGUGACGCCGCAUUAACAAAUCAACAAUUACCUUCCCUUUAUUCUUCGGGAGUUGCAAAAGGAGCUUGCAAGAAAGCGGUUUGUGCAAAGCUCCAUGGAAAUGUGUGAACGGAAUCCCUUAAAUCCCGGCUAUGUUGGUUCUCUGCUGAAUUUCGCUGCUCCAGAAUCGCUCUACUUCUCCAACCUCCGCGGCAAUGGGGCCCACAUACCGGGGCUGCAUCAGCUCCCGGCGUACGGCAGGAGAGACGUGUGCGCGCACCCGUGGUCUCCAUCAAGUUCGUGUGUCACGGCUCCUCCGACUCAGAGCCGCGCAUUUGGAGGGUUCUGUCCUCCUUUUACCAGCUCCGCCGGCGGCCUCCUCAAGGCGCACCCGGAGGAGCGCGACGAGGCUCGGUGCUUCCAAAAGACGGCGGAGGCUGGCAGGCUGGGGGAAGCUGUAUACGUUUCGGAACACGGGAUCCAUGGGUUCUCAGAGUUGGAAACAGGGUUACACUGCUCUGAGACUCAGCCUGAUCCGGAUUCUUCAGCUCCUCUGAGCGGCACCAAACAGGAGCACAAACCCAAUGAGACACCAUCAAACAACCCGUGCUCCAGGAUCACAUUUGGCCAAGGUGCCCCCUGGUGCUCCUCACACGUGAAAGCGCGGAAGAAGAGGAAGCCUUACACGAAGCCCCAGCUGGCUGAACUUGAGAAUGAAUUUCUGAUGAGUGAGUUCAUCAACCGGCAGAAACGCAAAGAACUGUCAGACAGACUCGCCCUGAGCGACCAACAGGUGAAAAUCUGGUUCCAGAACCGCAGGAUGAAGAAGAAGCGCCUCAUGAUGCGCGAACACGCUUUCUCCUCAUACUGAUGUGACCUUUGGACUUGAUCCUGAACCGACUGGGCAUUAAUUUCAGACAUUAAUUCCCCAUCCCGUCUGUCUUCUGUAUGUCUUCGCUGGUAUUAAAUUGUACAUAUUGGUUUUAUUUUUGUGGACGUUGGGAGGAUUGUGGAGCGGAUUGCUGGAGCACAAAGCGCACGACUGUCACCACUACAGACCGGACGCCUGAGUCUUUACUCUCCGCUGUCUGUGGUCUGUCUGAGGCAACAAAAGCACUUUGGUUCAGUUUAGGAAAGGAUUGCAAGAAAGGAUUGUUUUAGUUUAAAUCAGAAAUAUUCACGCUACACACAAUUAAUUCGCACACACCCAUACGAAGACAAAGUGUAUUUCGUAGAACUCAAAUAAGACGCUUAAAAUAUUAAGCUACAAUUCUGGUGUUUCUUGUCGGCUCAAAUGAAAAUAUAACAGAUGCUAUUUAAUCCCAAUUCUUAGGUCAAUUUAGCGGAAAGGUUUCCUUAUUAUGACUCGUGUCGUUCCCUGGUGUGUAUAUUGUCAGGUUUGUUAUAACGGAAUGACAAAUCAUUAGGAAAAAUAUGUAGGCUAUUGUAAACUAUAUUGUACUUGCUUGCCCCUUUGAUCACACGUUUCGCUGAAGCAAAGUUCAGAUCCGCCAGUUUAAUUCAUUCUAAAUCAAUUUCAUAAUCUUACAUUUUUUAUUAUAUUAUUUAUACUUUACUGCGCAAGUAUAAAGUCUUAGCCGUCAGACAUUCCCCCGAAAUAAAAGCUUUACUCUAUUUAUUUUUCACAUGGUUGCAAAGCCACUCUUGAUUCUUGGAUUGGGUUAAACACAUGCUGGAGGUGUAUUUGAAAAAGCUUUGAGUGGUUUUUAAUAUCAGAAAGCAUGCAACUGUAGGGAACCAGAAGAAAACAUGACCAGUCGCCUUUUGUAAAUAAACAUAAUUUUAAAAUA